UGACGGGGGCCGGUGGUGCCAGCAGUGUCGGCUGUGCCGUGGCUGGAAGUUACUGUGCGGCGGCGGCUGAGCAGGCGGCUGUGGUGGUGGCGGCGGCAGCGGCGGCGGCUGAGGAGGCGGUGACGGCGGCGGCGACGGCGGAAACAGAAGAUGGCUGAUUUUCUGAAAGGAUUGCCUGUCUACAACAAAAGCAAUUUUAGCCGAUUCCAUGCUGACUCUGUAUGCAAAGCCUCGAACCGACGUCCCUCAGUCUACCUGCCCACACGGGAAUACCCAUCUGAACAAAUCAUCGUGACAGAAAAGACAAAUAUCCUCUUGCGCUACCUACAUCAGCAAUGGGACAAAAAGAACGCCGCCAAGAAGCGAGACCAGGAGCAAGUGGACCUGGAGGGCGAGAGCUCGGCCCCCCCUCGCAAGAUCGCACGGACCGACAGCCAGGACAUGCACGAGGACACUUAAGACACACACUGCCCUCACUGCGCCUCCUGUCGUGUCUGCUCUGCGCCGUGCGUCCAUGCCCGCCCCGCCCCGCCCCGCCCACCCUGCCCACACCGCGCCAUCCACACUGCGCCCACCUUCCUAGGAGCUGAUGUAUUUAUUUUCCUUGAGUUUUUAUUUAUGCUGUAAAGUGUACCCAGCGAUGGUUAAAGCGGACAUCAGAGCCCGUAGCGUGAUGUUAAUAGAUGCUUCUUAAAAAAAAAUUGUCAUUUUCCCCCACCUCUCCCCCCACCCCCACACCCCAGUAUUUCUCACAAAUGAGAGUGUGGCCAAGAGGGUGGGGGCCAGGGGUCCCGGCCUCCUGGCUUGCAGGGACAACCAAGCAGCUUUCUCCCCCACUUGCCUGGCCACCAGCCCAGGCCUUUAAGAUGCAGCCCGGUCUAGCAUUCCACUGGGAACUCUUCUGGGCCUCGAUCUCGCUCUGAGCGUGCGCGAGGGGGCGAAGGAGGCCUUUCUGGAAUUUUCUCUUCAGUCAUUUUAUCAUGGACUAGUGCGUGCUCCGUGUCCACCCCAAUAAAAGGAUCUUUCCUAUCCGACCUUACGUCUUUGGGAGGCAUCUGAUCGCCACCAGGAGGAACCAAGAGGGCACCCUCACCAGUACCGGGGACCAGCUGGACUCUCCUGUGGGCCCACUGCAGCCGUCUCGCUCAGAGCCAAGACCUGCUGGACCUGCUCCUUUACCUCACCUGCCCAGGUGUCCCCAUGAGGACGAAGCUUUGGCUGGACAUGGUUCCCAGGACACUGCCAAGCAGGGUGGCAGUGGAGACAACUGGCCAUACCUGUGCAGGGCCUCUGGGGUCUCAGGACCCCACCAGCCCUCCACAUCGUGCUGACUGUAGAUGGUGUUUGGACCCCAGGCCCCGGGUCAGAGUGAAGGCCCUUCCAGUGCAGCCGUCUGUCAUGGAUCUGAUUGAUGGUGUCAUGGUGACCCCUUCUCAGCUGGAAGGGCUGGGUGUGGGGCAUGGGGGCAUUUGGGCCCCAGGCUCUGGGGAGAAGGUGCCUGUAAAGCAUGGGGGCAGUGCCACUUUUCCUGCCCACCCAGUCCAGUGGGGGCCGCAGGGUGGGAGCCAAGCACCGUGGAUAGCGGAGAGGGUGAGGGGCUGCGCCAUGGACCUGACUGGGAGGGGUGCCUAUGCUGGGUUAUCACUGUCAGGGCCUGGACUGCCAGCUCCCUGGGAGGAGGUGGUCCCAGGUACCCCCAGGCUGAGCUGGCCAGGCGCACCCACCCCAAGGGCUCCUUUAAGGCCCAGGCACGAUGCCUGGGUCCUGGAAUCCCACUGGUUGCUCCAGGAUGUGCCUAGGUAAGGCGAGCCUGGCCUCGAUCAGCCAAAAGGGCUCAAGCUUGCUGGAGACACUCAGACUGGAGCCCCCAGUUCUGGGUCAGUCCGACCCCAGCAGGCGCAUGGCCUUGCUGCUUGUUAGUGACUGAGACGACAGGGGCCAGAGGAGUAGGGGCGUCCCUGCCCUUCCUCUCAGCUGCCCCCUGCCCCACCAGCCCCAUAUCCCUGUUUGCAGUCUCCUGCUGCCAUCCACGCGCAGCUCGGCUGCUUCUGGGGCUGAUGCCAUGGAAUGGUGCCCACCCAGGCCUCCCUGUGGCCUCACUGUUGGGGAGGUAACCCUUGAAUCUGAGUCUGCCCGUACUCGCACCAUCUAUGGCUCCAAUUGUCCUUGGGAUAGAGCCUGUGCCAGCCUCUGUCCACCUCCCUGCCCCUUAGUACCCCUGUCUCUUGUGCUCCCCCCACCACUCUGCCUCCCACACCUCUGUGCCUUCGCACAGGCUGUGCUCUGCCUCCAGUGAACUGCUCCUCAUAGUCCCUCUAGAGUGCCCUGUUCUCGUCCCCUAACUCUCUGGUCCCUUCAGCCCAUU